ACGCGCACUCUCCCGUCUGAUAUUCUGGGCUCGCUGGAGAACCACCCUAAGAUUCUGGAGGCGACGAAACAGUUGUUAUCAUUGCGAGGGUGGCGACCCUCUUCUGCCGUCAAGGGUGGUGGUAGAAGCGCGUGGCGAGCGAAUUUCCGCGAGCUUGAAGAAGACGCGAAACGAACCGCCCUCUUCGGACGCGGAGUUUGGAAGACCACCCCCACUUCUUCCCCCUCUUGAGCAAACGCGCGCGCGCUCGCGCGAGCGCAUGCCUCCCUUUUCGUCGCGGGUGCUUAGACAGCCUCGAGAAUCGAAGACACACGGGUACCGAGUUUCACGGGUGGAGAACCCGCGCGUGUCGUCUCGAAACAACGAGGAUUCGUCGACAGUUUUGGAGUAUCGCGAUAACGCGGACAAACAGGAAACGACGCACUUGUCACUAAUUCUGGUGAAUAUUUAACAGGGGACCUUGAUUAAGUUUACGUAGUGCCAUUACUACAAAACUGUCACCUUUCGCGACCUCUUGAGAGAACAAUCCUCCUUUCACAUCAUGACGAAAUAGGCAUUCUAAUUUAAGUUUGUGAUAUUCUUAGAUCAACAAAUUAAAUCUAAAAUAAGUGCACCAUGAAAUUUGGCCGCCAGGACAAAAAUCAAUGGUGGUUGGUUGGAAGGAUGGGUAAUCGUUCGGGUUGACAAGAUUAUGAGGAAUCGAUCGAGAAUGCCGAAUGAUCGGUUGAAUGCUUCCCAGAAUUCGAGGAUCUCAAGUGCCGGUGUUCAGGGUGGCACGGGAAGUGUUCGAUGAGGGUGGAAGUGAUCUCAGUGGGAGAUUUCGAGGAGGAAGAAAUCUGGCGCGUGUUUCGUAUUCCUCGCGAAUCAGGACUCCUCGAAAAAGUCUUAGAGAGCCUCGUAACAAGAAUUGAUCGUAACAAGAAGAUAGUCUCGAAGACUCGAAUCUGGAUCGUUCGGUGUGAGUGAUCGCAGAGAUUCCGCGAGUUUGGUGCGCGAACGACAUUGAAUUGUCACGUUUUCUAAGUGAGCGAACUCUGGAGCCGAUAGUCGAGGGUGAAUUAGUGUGGAUAAUCGCGAUAACUGGUUCGCGAAUCUCAUCGUCGAAACGCACGUCAGAACUAUGGUGAUGUUGACGGGAGUGAUUCGCGGCAGGAACGGAGAUACCAACUAGAGAGCAAGAGGAUGCGGUGAGGAGCCGGCUGGUUCGUGAGGUUCGAGAUGUCCGCCGUAACCAGCCCGUAUGGCCCCGCGGAGAUGCUUUCCGACUCGGUCUACAACUACGCGACGACCCGACGGGGCGCCACCGAUCAGGACAGCGACUCCCAGUACGAGGCCCAGGCCCAGUUGCAGAUCACCAGCAGCAUCCAGAGCAAGCCGCGGAACAAGCGAAAAAAUUUCAAGCCCAUAAGCAGCCGGAUGGCGGAGGUGUCCGACGAAUCCGAGAGAGACGACGAUGAACCGGAGGUCGUAGAGGAGAGUUCCAGCGAGAUCCUCGAGUACGAGAGGAAAACGAUGCUGCUGCCGGCCGACGAGAGAUCGAAGCAAAGACUAAACAAUAACGAGGCCAGUCCAAUGGAUCUCUCGGUUACCACUAGGCCGCCGUCCUCCGAAGCCGACGACGAUAGCGCGGACUCUCUCAGGCAUAAGUUUAUCCUCGAGCAGCUAAGGUCGCAGAAGUUUUACUCCCCCGGUACAGAGGCGAGGAGUCCAAACUCCGAUUCAUCGGAAAGAAGUGGGAGCGGCGUCCUGGAUGCGGAAUCGUCUCGCUUGGACGAUCAGGACACCCAAUUCGAAGAUGAGCGGGGCAACGACGUCGACGGCGAAGUCGAGAUCGAAGAGCGGAAGCCCUUCGAGGGCAUCAUGAGAGAGUACGCGGAAUCGACAAUGCAAGAACUUUUAGCGAUCUACGGGUUGGCGGGAGGUGAAUUGGCGAAAUCGGUCAGCAGGCAACUGCCGCCCACUUUCCUCAACCCGAACGUUGGCCAGCUAGCUCAAGGAAAAAUGAAGGUAAAAGAGGAGAAGGACGCCUCGUCGAUGGCGCCAGGAAGUCCACCCACGCCUCCGCAUACCCCGCAAAGUCCGCAACGUGCAAUUCCGUCUCUUGGUAAUCUGUCGCAAUCCUGUCAGACAUCAAACGCAAACUCUCCGAAUCUGCAGCAGCAGCAGCAACAACAACAACAGCAGCAACAGCAACAGCAUCAAUCGCAACAGCAUCAAUCGCAGGAACAACAGCAGCAACAUCCCGUACAUGCCAUGUCUAAUUCACCGUUAAGUCAAAUACUGGUGCAAAAUCCGGCAUUGGCGCAACUACUGCAACAAAAUCCAGCAAUUUUGUCGCAGAAUCCGCAGCUGGCGCAGAUGCUGCAGCAGAAUCUGCAGGCUCAGAUGGGUAGCGUACUCUUUCAAAAUGUGAGGCGGGAAGAGUCCGAGGAUUCCAGUCCGAGGGUACCGCCGACAAUAGCGAGCCUGGCGGCGAUGAAGGUGGAGGCAGCUGACCCGAAGGUUUCCGCCUUGCUCAGGCAGAGUAUGUCUCCGGUAGCGGAUUCUCUGAUGAGUGGUUCGAAGACGUCCGUGUCCCAACCGAUCAUCGAUUAUUCCCGAUAUGUGAGGAGAUAUACAUCCAGUCAAGAAUGCGGCAGUACGUACUGCAAAGAACUGGGCUGCAGAGAGCACUUUCAUUGUCUGGACUGUAGCGGGAGGGUGUUUGUGAAGAAGGAGGAAAUGAUCAGGCACUUCAAGUGGCAUAAGAAGAGGGACGAGUCUUUGCAGCACGGCUUCAUGAGGUACUCGCCGAUGGACGAUUGUUCGGAAAAGCACCCUGGCCGGGCCUGUCCGCACAAUAGAAAGCAGACCCACUAUCAUUGCAUCCACGAGAAUUGCGACAAGGUAUACAUAUCGACAUCGGACGUGCAGAUGCACGCGAAUUACCAUCGCAAGGACUCGGCCAUCAUACAAGAGGGCUUCCAGCGAUUUCGGGCCACCGAGAGUUGCGCGACUGACCAUUGUCAAUUCGUUGGACAACGGACCACGCACUUUCACUGUCGUCGACAGGGAUGUCGGUACACGUUCAAAAAUAAGGCCGAUAUGGACAAGCACAAGUCUUAUCACAUCAAGGACGAACAGCUGUCGCGCGAUGGUUUCAAGAAGUUUAUGAAAUCGGAGGCCUGCCCCUUUGAUCAGUGCCGAUUCUCCCGUGUUUGCAAUCACAUUCAUUGCAUACGACCGCAUUGUAGCUACGUUCUGCACUCUUCCGGUCAGCUUUUUUCACACAAGCGAAAACAUGAGCGUCAUGAAUCAGAACUAGCUUAUCGGAAAUACAAGCAGGUCACCGCCGUAGGUGGUACUCGUCCGCCUGGAUCAUGGGCGCCGGACGAGUUGAGCGCUCAAAGCUUAUCUUUAAGUAUGAACGGUGAGAGCUCGAACGAAGGCAGAGGCUCUCCGUCGUACUACUCUUUGGAAGAUUCUUUUCAAAGCGCGAGUGACCUCGCUAUGGAUCUCACUGCUCCGACCACGACUAUUACGGCUAGCGGAAGUUCCGUUAAUCUCGAUCAGCAGCAACAUCAACAAUCUCAACAACUUACCGCCGCCGAAUUGGCCUAUCUGGUACCGGCCACCUCGGAUUGCGCCUGUAACGCGGGCAGAGAACAUCAUCAUUGCGGAUUAGAUCGCUGCGGAAUGACCUUGAAAGAUCCCCGGGAAGUCAGAGAACAUCUGAAGGAACACGAGACGCAGGAACGCAUUACGGAUGCUUUCUUUGAAGAGGGUGGCUGCGACGACAGUUGUCCGUACGCAGACAAAGAGAAGCAUUAUCAUUGUAAUUGGGAGAACUGCCGAGAAGUGAUACUUUCCACCGACAAGCCGUUUCGCAGAUUACAACAUUACAAGAUCCACGAGUAUAGCCGGCAGUUAAACCUCUCUUGUUCCUCGCACGCCCUUUCCUCCGAUGUUACAUUGACCCACCUGACGAAUAUCGAUGCGAUGUUCAGGCGGAAACGCGGUAGACCGCCUAAAAAUCGUGUGAUAGAAAUCUGGUCGGGUGGCGACCCCGCGACGCACACUCACGAUUCGCCGCAGGCGAUCUUCACGAGUUUUAAGCUCCCGAAACCGCAAACUCCUAAUUUAACGUCUAAUAUGCUAAUGGAGGAUCGAGAGGGUAGCGUGUCGCCUUCGAACAGUCUGGGCGAACCCGAAGGAUUUGCUACGUACAAUUCGGAAGGAUGUCCGGACGUGGCCUGUGUUCUUAGAUUGACCAAGCAUCAUCAUUGUUCGCAACUACGGUGCCAUUUCUCUACCGAUCGACCAGACCAACUGCUCAUGCAUAGUAAGGAUUUCCACGACAACGUCGACAUACCACCGGGCUUCGCCUUCUAUGAUAAGAUGGUCGACUGUCGGCUGCCUGGCUGUCAUAGCAAUCGCGUUAAUCGGCAUUUUCAUUGUACCCGACCGAAUUGCGGAUACUCGUUUGUUAGAUACUCGACAAUGGCGUUACACGAGAAGCAGCAUUCUUCCGGCCAUGCCGAAUCCUGCGGUCAAGAGUCGAACAAUCAAGAAUGUCAAACGCAGCUUCAAUCGUUGGUCCAGGAGACGAAGCCAAGAAUCCAAGUGAAGAAUCCCGCCGAAUUGAUCGAGAAGCCCGAUGAGAGUCUGACGAUAGUUGAUCAGGAGAGCAGAUCGAUAAUCGAGGACAAGGAAUCCGAGCUUGCGAGUCCCGACAGCGGCAAAACCACCGUGGUGAGGGCGGCUGGCACCUAUUAUCCGGUCAGCGGACCGCCGAGUGAACCCGCACUUCCGGGCGUCGUGUUAUCCAUGCGAACUUCCGUGCACCAAGAACCGCCGGUAAUGCCGUCUAUGAGUUCUACCUCGCCGCACACCCUGUAUGGACCGGAACAAAGUUGCAGCAGGCCAUUCUGCAAGCUGAAACGCAAGAAUCAUUAUCACUGCAACGCCUGUAAUCAGGCUUUCUCGGAGUUAGAUCGUCUGGUCGCACAUAUAGCGAAGCAUUCGACUGGCGCCAUUCUCAGUCAGCAGCAACACGACAUGGUCAGCCCGUCGCCUAAUCAGCUGCAACACGAUUACAUCGCGCAGCUGUCGCAGAAGCACGACUUCAUGUCGCCAAACGCUCAGAUGGCUCAGAAUAUUCAAAACUUCCAGAGCCAAAUGCAGCGGCAGAUGCAGCAGACUUUCAACCAACAGUCUCAAUCGAAAGACAUCAAGUUAGAAAAACCGAGGUGUAGCAUCGACAUCGGUGUGCAAAAUGUCCCGAACGUUAAGCGGGAACCGCCUGAAAUUGCAUGUAGGGACGAAGGCAACAAUACUGCGAUAGAUAAUCACGAAAACGGUCAAUUAGCGCAACCACCAAUUCAGCCUACUAAUGUGCAACAGCCUUCGAUACCGACAAGCUUUGAGCUCGAUCUCAGCCACGGCUUUCAUUUUCCGAGCCCUGCUGUGAUGGCAGCGAUGAACCAGCAGAUCGCCCUAAUGAAUCAGGCUCUACCGCCAUUUCUUCAGCACGGUGGAAUGUAUGCUGGUGGACCUGGACUGAUGUUCGCGCCCGGUUUACCACCGACCAAUUUUCUUCCACCUACGAGAGAUGAAAAUCCCUUAGCCUCGCUGGCAGCUAAUCUUAAUCUGAAAAGAUCUCUCUCACCGCCAGACGCUAAUUCACCGGAAGCCAAGAAGCAAAGACUUCAUCAUUCAAUGCGUAUGCUGAAGGAUGAGCCUGUACCGGAGGGAUAUGUCAGAUUCAGAUUCAACGAGGACUGUAGGUACCCUCAUUGCGGCUACAGAGAGCAUCAGACUCACUUCCACUGCAUGCGUCAAGAUUGUGGCUAUUCGUUCUGCGACAAAACUCGUUUUGUGCAGCAUACCGCGAGGCACGAGCGGCUGGAUACCUUGAUGGGGGGUGAUUUCCAGCAGUAUCGGGCCAACGUGCCAUGUGGCAGGGCUCAAUGCGCGUACACGUCGUCUCUCGGAUCAAUGCAGAACAAGGCGUCGCAUUUUCAUUGUUUGAAGUGCGACUUCGUCUGCACAGACACGAAUAAAGUGGUCGCUCAUCGGCGGCAACACGCCAAGCUGGACAGUAUCGCGGCGGCGGGUUUCCAGAAAUUUACUCCCAGUCAACCGUGCGGAGCUGUGCAGUGUCAACAUUCUGGCAAGCAGACGCAUUAUCAUUGUCUGCAGUGCCAAUAUGCAGUGUUGGGUCUGGCGCAGAUGUCGGCGCACAAGUACCGACACAUGGACACCUAACGAUCUCCCGUAGAAGUUCUGUGGUAGAAUGCCCGAAUAAAGCAUUACCUUGGUCCCUGUAGACAUUCCCUAGAGAAUGGCGUUGCCAUCUUCUCCCGACUAAUAGGUGGAAAAUCGAGCGAAACCGGUAGGGGACUAGUCAACGACUUUGUCGCAACUCGAUAUGCCCACCGUCGAUAAUUGCCGCGUAAAAGAAAGUCUAAACGAUCGUCCGCGAAAUUCCGGAAGACGCCUAUUAAAAGACAAAUUCCUAGUCCCUAUAGACAUUCCCCGAAAGAACACUCGAGUGCCUCGAUCGUUCAUGGUCGAGCAAUGUUCCUGGUAAUAUGGAUGAUCAGUGGCAACCGGUAGGGGGCUAGUCAAUAACGUUUAUCUUCAGAAUGAAUACUAUUAGGUCGAGAUCUUCGAAUCAAAAUACCUUCGGUAUCUGUAGCUACGUCGAGGAAACGUUAAGACGAUUCGGUCUCUUCGUAUAUAAAGUCUAAGCAUUAAGGUGAACCAACGAAGAAUCGGGAAAACGAUUGCAUCGUCGAGCAAUCUUUGCAGACUCUAGAAACGCUUCCACACGUGAACAAGACAGAACUUUGAUAUGGCGUAAAUUCAAUCGGGGAUUACGAGGUUUAUAUGUAUAGUCGAAUCUCAAAAAUUCUUCCGCACCAUGACUCUCGGGAACCGGGAACGAGAACGAGGGACGCGAGAAUCUGGCGUAGCACUAAGACAAUAAUACGAAGACAAGUCUAUGAUAUAGCUUUAGCAUGAAAAAAAGACAAAGUAUAAUAUUUAAUAGGAGAAAAAAGAAAUCUUGUACAUUUUUUUCCUUUGUUAGUGUCAUCCUAUGCCUAUGUACCCUCCGUGAAGUCCUUACGACGAUCUAGAUCAUAGAAUAGUUUAAUGCAUUGUCCGUAAAGAAUGAAGAGAAACAGUAAUACGAAGUGGCAAAUUGACGACGCGACAAUUUAAUUAAUAUUCUUUAUGCAUUGCGAAAUAGUAGGAAUUAAUGCGACGGUCAUAUCUUUCGCUUUGGCACUGAAGAAGGGAGGAGAAGAUAUCAUUUUCCUAUCGUCUAGACUACGAAAAUAAAAAUGCCUCUUGCGUUAUGUCGGCGGUAUUAGUGUUCCUAUUGCGCAAUCGAUAACGAGAAGAUUCAAUAGUAGCUAUCACAUUGAGUACUCUUUAUCUUUUUAUCUCUAAUCAUUUUUUACGUUUGUUGUAAAAGUUUUCAAAACAGUUGCUUCGUAUGGGUUUCUCUAUUAGUAAUUGCAAAUUAUUUAUUUAAUUAAUUCGUAUAAUCGAGAGUUGAUUGUGCAAUGACGAUGAUCCGUUAUAAAUACAUAAAAUGGCAAAAUAAAAAGAAACGCAUAUUUCAUGCUAUAUUGCGUUCUGGAGGGUACGCGAUGAAUAUUACAAGCAGUAUUGAUAAAUUGAAAGUUAAUUAGAAAGACUGCGAACCGCGCGAGUCAUAAGAAUGGAGGAUAGAAUGAAGAAGAGCGAUGGUCGUUGAACGAUCAAGUUAGAAAACGUGAAAAUUAAGAGUUUGAAGAGACAGAAGUUAUAUUGCGAAAAGUAGAAAGAGAAAGAAGAAAAGAUAUAUUCAAAGCAUGUUCUAAAAAAUUGGUCGCUGAUCGACAUAAUGCAAAGCUGUUUAAUAUAUGUAUGUAUAGUGUAUAUGUGUUGUAAAAAUUGGUACGAAUCGUUCGUGGAAGGAACAGAUUUCUCGCUUCUUCUAUUCCUAAAGCACGCUCAACGAUGAUACGAUUCCACUUUCAUUCAAUAAGUUUUCUCCCGCGUAAUCUCGUCGUACACUUCUUAUCGUAUUAGAAGCAUCUUCGCUCUUUUUCAUUUUUAAAUGCAACCGAGAAAAGUGAAUGUUUGCAUUAAUCAGGUAUUUUCGAGACAAGUAACGGUUCGUUUGCACAGAGAAUGAUAAUAACACCGGAUGAACGAUAAGGAGAGUAUCCGGAGAGUUUAGCGCGUAUGUUCUCGAGUAGAGACCAGAAGAGAUACACGCAUAUCGGCGGAUAAUAUAAUUAAACGUAAUACGCAGAAAAUAUUAUGCGACUGCUCGGCGAGAGAUGCCCUGUGGUGCCUUUAGGAUCAUUUCCGAACUUUUGUAGAACCGUGCCUUAGCAAUUUAACAUACAACGAUACGUAGGAAACUAUUUGUUCAACAUAGCAGAACCGAAUCGAUAAUCAGAUCACACUAAUUAGACCUACAUCUUAUUUGUAGCUAUGAUCGAAUUUCGGAACAGAAUAAAUUGCAAUUUAUCAUAUUUACAUAGAUAUGUGUGUGUAUGGAUUAAAUGAAGACUAAAAUCUAAUUUUGAA